CUGAUGCGUUGAUUCGCUAGUGUGAAUCUGUAUUUUUAUCAAAGAAAAAGUGUUAAGAAUUAUUCCCGUAAUAAAGUGAAAAUCUGUACUCGAAAUCAAAGUGCAGUGUUGGCUUCUCGAGGCGUGUAACCUCGAAUAUUUGUCGGUGCGUGUAGUGAAAAAUUGUAGAAUCGAUACUCAACCGAAGAAGUGAUGGAUAGCAAGGAAUAUAUGGAUAUCAAGGAAGAGAUGAAUAUCAAGGAGAUGAAUGUCAAGGAGGAGAUAGAUAUCAAGGAGGAGAUGGAUAGCAAUAAAGACGUAAUUAGGGUGAAGGAAGAACCGAGCGAUACCGUGACGAAUACAGCUGACGAAUUUGUUAUCGAUUUGGUGGGCUAUUGCAAGUCGGAGAACUUUCAAGGAUCGUCGUCUCAUGAACUAUCGUCAAAUCACAGGAAUGAAGUUAAACCGUUACUGGACGAUUUAAAUGAAACGGUAUUCAAUGAUUUUGAGUGCAAAGACGUUAAACUCGAACUGAAGCCUUUAGCGCCAAUCGUCAUUAAAUCUGAAUAUGGAAACGUUCAACCAGUUAUAAAAAUAGAAAACGAAGUUCAGACUGAUUGUGACGAUAACUGCAAGUCUAAAGAGAAUUCUUGUUUUAAAUUUUCUGAUUAUGAAAAGCUACAAAAUAGUGAAAACCACGUUGAAAAGAAAUCAUCGUCGUAUGCGUCAAAAAUGUGUUUAAAGACAGCAAGAGCAGCAUUUGGAAAAAAAGAAGGCCUGAAGAGGCACAUGAUAGUACAUAAUUUGAGUAAACCCUUCAAGUGUGAUAUUUGUCACAAAUCAUUUGGACUAAAAGCUUACCUCCGACGUCAUUUGAAAGAAAUACAUGAUCGAAGCAAAACCUUUGAAUGUAACAUUUGUCACAAAUUAUUUGUACGCAACUGUAGUCUAAAAAGUCACAUGAAUGCAGUUCACAAUCGUAUCAAAACCUUUGAGUGCGACGUAUGCCACAGAUCAUUCGGACGAAAAGAUGGCCUCAAAUCUCAUAUGAAUUUCAUACAUAAUCCUACUAAACCAUUCGAAUGUGAUAUUUGUCACCUAAAGGUUGGACAAAAAUUGAUCCUCGACACCGAGAGAAAUGCCGUAAUAUUUUUGGGUUUAAAUGAAACUAUUAAAUGGUUGAAUGAAGAGAUAGAAACUGAGUAG